AUGGAACUGAUAUUAUUAGGCAUUGGUGGUAUUCUCGGCUCUGGUGUAUAUGUACUCACUGGUAGCGUUGCCAAGGACAUUGCCGGGCCAGCUGUUACAAUUUCGUACAUGAUCGCAUGUUUUCCGACACUUCUAGCUGCAAUCUGUUUUGCGGAAUUCAGCGUUAGGAUUCCUCAGACAGGAUCGGCAUAUAUAUACACGUAUGUGACAAUAGGAGAAGUGUGGGCAUUCGUUGUAGGGUGGAUUUUCACUCUAGAUAUAUGUGUUGGAAAUGCGGCAUCAGUACGCACCAUUAGUGGUUACAUAGACGAGCUGAUUGGAUCUAAAAUACGAAACUUUACACUUGAGUACAUAGCUGGUGGACCAAUUAACCACCCUCCGUUUUCACAAUAUCCCGAUUUGUGUGCAUUAUUUGUGGUGAUCAUGAUAACAAUCAUAUUAGCCAUGGGGAUCAGCAUUUCCGUGAAAAUUACCUCCUUAUUUACCUGUGUUAGUCUCUGUGUUAUGUUGUUUAUUUCAUGUAUGGGCUUUUAUCUUUCGGAUAUAAAGAAUUGGAAGACAGAGGGUGGAUUUGCACCUUACGGAUUUUCUGGAAUUAUAUCUGGAGCGGUAUCGUGUGUUUACUCCUACACAGGCUUCGAUGUAAUUACCACAGCUAGUGAAGAAACCAGGAAUCCAACUAAAAGUGUACCGAUAGCUAUAUGUGUAUCCCUUGUAGUUGUAAUGCUGGUAUAUGUAACGGUUUCUGUUACGUUAACACUCAUGGUACCAUACUACGAUAUUCAACCAGAUGCAUCAUUUGCGGCUGUUUUUCAACAACACGGAUUUGUUUGGGCGAAAUACACUGUAGGAAUUGGUGCUGUGUGUGGAGUUGGUAUUUCAGUAUUUAUAAAUACAAUUUGUAUUUCCAGGAUUAUUUAUGUGAUGGCUGUGGAUGGUCUUCUUUUCCCUGCUUUGGCCAGAAUUGAACAGUGUAACCAAGUCCCAGUAGUUGCAACAGUGACGUGCAGUGCUUUCAGCGCAAUGCUAGCUGUUUUCUUAGACACGGAUUUUCUAGUGAAAUGUAAAUCAGUCGGUUGUCUAGCGGGUUAUAUAAUUACAUCAGCGUGUGUAUUAAUUCUACGGUAUCGACCUAUAAGAAACAACGACUCUAUAACUGAGAAUGGUUCUAUAGCUGCAGCACAUGAAGACAACCCUUUGCUGGGACAAACCACUUCAUCCUGCACUGCGGCCGAUAGAGCACUCAACUACGUGCUUUCUGUUGGUGUUUUUAAACAUAUUACACACGGUAAGCUUCCUGGAUUGGCUAUUCUUCUGAUGACGAUAUUUAUGUUGACUUUAUCAGCUGUUAUCAACUUCGGCACCGAUUCUUGGAACCCUUGGGCCAUAUGUAUUGCAAUUGUAUUGGGAUUGGCUGUGAUUAUCUGCUUCACUGUAAUAUCUAUGCACAAACAAGAAGGAACACGACUCAAAUUCCAGGUAGGUUCACGAAAUACUACGACCUAG